GAAAUAUCUAACUGUAUUUUGGCGAAAUGAUGUGUAAGUGUAUAUAUAAAGACUUGUCUAAUUCACGAUGAUAAAUUAAUCACAUCCUUAAUGAUUGAUUAAUUAUUAAAAUAUCGAAUCCCUUGACUUCACUCAAACACCUUCACGAUGACCUCAUCUGAUGCAACACAAGAUAUUAAUAAUUACACGUAUAUAAUAUACAUAUACACAUAUAUUAUUAUACGUGUAAAACAUGAGAUUCUCUGCGAUAUCUCGGUCUAUAUAAGUUGCAACUUUUCUUAUAGUUGUGUCUUCUCUUCCUACUUGACUCUUCAAUAAAAUCAUAUAUAUCCAAAGUAAUCCCUAACUUUCUUUCUAAAAAUAUUUCUCUCUUUCAAUGUCAGAAGAAGAACUUCAAGAAUCAGACGUUAUAUUUUCCGACGAUUAUUUCAUAAACAGCAACAAGAAUAACAACAACGAAAACAACAAAAGAAAGAAACCAACGACGGUGAAAAAGUCAUCUCCGGUAACAAUUCCAUCGAGAACUACAUUCCGGUGGCCGGAAGUUGAAGAGGAGGAGGAUGAGAGUGAAAUGACGCCGCCACAUGUCAUCAUCCGAAAACGAAGAAUGGAGGAGCAAAUGGCGUUUUCGUUUAGUACCCUUAAAGGAAGAGACCUGAGUCGUCACCGUAUCUCGGUUCUUAGGAUGACCGGUUUUUUGGAAGCUUAAUUGAUCAUAAAAUACAGCCGAACUGGUCUGGUGAAGGUUUAUAAAUGAACCAAUGUAUGACGAUAUUAAUUUUUUCGCAAUUAUUGCUAAAAGAAAAGUUCAAUAUAGGGAAUAAUUUCCCAUAUUUUACCAGUUAAGAUAUUAACAAUAAUAAUUAUUUAUGUUAAAUUAUUGUUUGGUUUCUUGAGAAAAUGAAAAACAUAUAAGAAUCAAAUCUUAUGUUAAAUUGAGUUAUGUACGGGGUUUGCUUGUGAAGUAACGGGUUUCUUGGCUUGCAGAUUUUGUAUUUGGUCCACAUCUAUAGGAUUCUGCAAUUUGCUCGCUAACAUAAGCCUUAUAAGCUUUGUUUGCUAUUGUGAACUCAGCUGAGGGAUGAAUUUGGUUGAUCUUAGAUUGCGUACAUAGUCCUAAUCAUCCAGCUGAAGUUAUGAACACACGCGCUAGUUAGCCACUAGUAUGGGACUUGUAGUAUAGCCACUAUGUUAUGACAUUAUAACUAUCUUCGUAUAUAUUUUAUUUUUUC